AUGAGUAGUCAACAUCUAAGAUACAAAACUGAACCAAGAUUCACACCUACUCAAAACAAAGAACUAAAAUUUAAUUGUGUUCUUAGAUUUGAUGAUCAAAAAUGGAGCACUAGGCAGGAACACAUGAAGAAACGCAACGCUAAAAGGGAUGUUGCAGAACAAGCUAUGAUUUACCUUCAACGCAAAUACCCGGAACAAUUGCGAAGAACUCAAAGAUACAUGGUUGAAGCUUUCACGCCAAAAUAUCAACCCAGAUUAGAAAAAUAUGGAAAAGGAGUUCAACAAAUGGCUAGUGGAUUACAUUGGACAGAAAUGAUACCAAAUGUUAAAAAAUGGUAUGAUGAAAUAUUAAAACCAAAUUUUCCACCAUGUCCCCGUACUCUAUUACACGAACUAGUUCAAAAAUACCAUCUAGGAGCUGUUACAUACAAAGAAAUUAAGAAUCUACCUAUUCAUGAUGAAGAUCCUAGCGUUAAAUUUAUUGUUGUUGAUGUUGGGAAAAGAAGAUUUAACCCAACAUCAGUAUUUGAUAAAGCUCAAUAUAAAUAUGCCAAGGAUCAUGUCGCAAUGAUUGCUUUUGAGAUCCUUUAUGAAGAAAUAGAAUAUGAAGAAAAGAAGUUGAUUGAUAAAAUGGAUCUUGACUAUCAAAGGUUAAUUGGAAAUGUUAUUUUUAUGGAAGAUAGGAAAAAAUUUACACAACCUGAAUCAUAUAAAAAUGUAACUAAUGAUCUUGGAGUUCCAGUUGAAGAAGAGGUUCCAAAUGAUAAUAGUGAUGAUGAAGUAGAAAAAAUAACAUAUACAACAUCAAAAACACUAGCGCAACUGUAUCCAUCAAUGUUCAGUGAGGAUGGUCAUAAUAAGACUAGUAAGCCUCCUGUCACUGUCACCAUUACUAAACCAACAGUUGAAAGAUCACAACAACGUUACAAACCGUAUAAACCAUCGGUUGAAAGAUCAGCAAGGCUACAACAACGUUACGAGCCACAUAAACCAAUAUUACGUGUAGACAAGACAUUCGUUUCAUUGAUCCAUGAGCUAGCAACCAAGAGACGUUGGAGAAAACCGGAAUAUGACUAUCAUAGGUUGGCUGAUGGUGGCUAUUAUGCUAAAUUAUCGGUAAACCAUUAUAUGUUCACUGGAAUGGUUUAUGCCACAAGACAUAGUGCAAAGGAGGAUGUGAGUCAACUGGCAUAUGGUAUAUUAAAGAAUUAA